UGCAGUCGUGUAGUUCGCUCUCCAGGUGUAAAAGUUAGAUACAGCCGGCAGACUGCAGCAGGUGUCCUCCGCUCCGAACAUACAAGAAACCAAAAUCGUGGAUGAAAUGCAGUUCGAGGUGGAAAAUGACCGGUAGAAAAAUUUAAAGAACUUUGUACGGGCAGAGGUCAAAAGGUGCUCCAUGUGAAACCUGUCAGGAGAGGCCGUGAGCUGCCUAGCAGGACGAUCAUGAAGAGGUACAAGCAGAUUGACGUCAAGCGAGCCCUCGCUCUCGCCGGGACCUUUAACUUCUUGUGCUCCUGUGCCAGAGCCUGCCUGCUCCCCUUCCUCACCUUGUACUUCAGACAGCUGGGUCUGACUCCUGCGAUGACGGGCAUCGUCAUGGGAACUAAACACCUCAUAACGCUGGUCUGGAGCCCCGUGGCGAGCCUGCUCUCCAAACACUACAACAAGAGGCGAGUGGUGAUAAACGGCUCUCUCGUGUGUUCGGCAGCAGUUGCUCUGGUUCUGCUGAUUAUCCCACCUGCAGAUGUGCGCACACAGGCCGCCACCUGUAACAUGUCUAAUGUGAGUAGCAGUCCAACUCAGAGUCUGGGUGGUAUGAGUAGCGUUGGACCGACCACAUCAUCAACUAGAACUCGCGCUAAAAUCAACACCACUCUUGUUUCCCUGUCUGGUGUCACUUUUCCUGCAAAGACGCCUCCUGAUGCUAAUUCUGCUCCUGUUGUGACGAGCAAAGCUUCCCUUGAUGAGAAAUCCCAUCCUCAGCUGUCACAAGAGAACGUAUCAGUGGUGGUCAACAACAGUCUUGCAGAACCAAAGACCAACGGCUCCAUCACACGGCAGACCACCAGCUCUGUGGCAGCUCCUGUGAGGAAAAAGAGGUCCAAUUUCAAAUCAGGGUCCGGAGAACCACUGGGAGAAAAGACAGAGGAGGAGAAGGAGAGCCAUUUUGGCUUUCUGGACAGCCUGAAGGUGAUGGACACUCAACACCAGCUCUUCUUCUUGAUACUCAUUACUGUGUCAGUGUGGGAGUCUGUGUCAGCCCCGCUGGAGUGGGCGGCAGACGACGGCCUGUAUGAAUAUCUAGACUUUGCGGAUGCUUCGGACCGCUACGGCAGCACCAAGGUGUGGGGUUUACUCGGAGCAGCGUGUGGGGUUGGAGGAGCGGGGUUGCUGGUCAGCCAGUUAAGCUGUCUCAUAGCCGGUCAGAUCCCCAGGAGCGCGGUGCAUUUCUACUGCUACGCUGGUGUGGCAGCUCUGCCCCUGCCUGCGGCUACCUACCUCCCUCUCUACCUGAAUAAGAAGCGAGACCGGGCCAACAGGCUCCUCAAAGCCGCGCAGCUGGUGCGUGGCUCCCCCCGCGCUCUGCUCUGUGCAGCCACCACCCUGCUGGUCGGAGUAGCGGGCUCGGCCGUGGAUAACUUCCUCCUGUGGCAGAUGCAGGAUCACGGGAGCAGCGAGCUGCACAUGGGGCUGUCUCUAGCCCUCGCUCUGCUCUCGCAGGCCGCCUUCCCUCUGCUGGCAGGCCGAGUGUCCAAGCUCCUCAGCCCAGGAAGGGUGCUCACGGUGGGGGCUGCGAGUCUCGGGUUGCAGUGCUUCUAUUACUCCUUCCUCUGGGGCUCGUGGGCUGCACUGCCUGCUCAGGUGUUGAGCUGUUUCAGCAGUGGAGCCCUCUGGUGGGCCGUGAAGGUCCAGUGUGAGGCUGUCGCCACGCCGGGGGCUGAGAGGAGUGUGAGGAGGAUCUACAGUGCGCUCUCUCUACAUCUGGGAAGCGGGUUGGGGAGCUUUGCCGGGGGGUUUGUGGUCCAGAGGUUUGGGCUGACAUGGCUGUUCAGAGGAGUGGCAGUGGGUGUGAUGGUGUGGUGUGUGUGUCUUCCCCUGCUCCAGUGGAAAGCCCCUCGCCAGCGCAGGAUUAACUAUUCUCGCCUUUUGGCGGCUGAUGCAAGUGAAGCCAGUGACUCUGAGUCUGAACAGGAGAGAGACUGGCUCGAUAAAGCACUGGAAGACGACAGAAGCAAUAACAACUAUGGACGGAGGAUAAACCACUGAACUCCACAGUGUGAGAGUACAAAAGGACGCUUAAAAGAGGGCAGCAGAUAGAAGGGAUUUACCUUCACAAAAUCAAAUCAUAGAAUCUUUUCUAUCAGUAUGGAAAUAAGAGUUAUCUUUCCCCAGCAGGUUUGUGCUCUCAGUUACAGACAUGUCACUCUUCAUCAUCAAGCAGUAUAACCCAAAGCGGGAUAAUUGAUUUCCUACCCUGACAGGUUUAAUUCAAAUCUAAGUUGUUGACUUUUAACUCUCAUUACUGCUCAUAAUCUUUUCCUCAGAAUUCAAUGUUGCUGCAUCCCAUCUGUCUUGCCAUUUUAUCAGUCAGCUGUACUGAUGGACGUGGGGAUUCAUCUCUGGGCCACCUGAGCCUUUACAAAUGAACAUUUGCAUAAGCAAUCAUUCUUUUAUAAAGCAAACAAGGCAGCAGGAUUAUGGGCGGGCAGAAGAAGGACUCUGUACCACCAGGAAAGUUCAACAGUUGGACAUCAUGGACAGUAGAAACACUCAAGCCUCUUUCUAGGAGAGUAAACACCAAACGUGUGCACAAGGUGAGGCUGAACUAGACCUGUUUCACCCCACCCAGUCUGUUUAUCUAGCGCUAAAGUCACUGCAGACUGCUGUCGUUCAUUUUGGAGUUGUAAGAUUCUUGCAUUAUGCGAGCAGAUGUGUCUAUUUAAUCUGUAUUUCAAAGUGAGUUUGCUGAACGUACCUCUUGUCAAAUGGUCCAUUUUGACCUGUUGGGAAACAAGUCUGCACUUCAAUCAAUGCUUUCCUCUCAAACAAAUGUCUGAAGUUGUAUGAAGUUAGAAAAUGCUAAAUGUGGAUUGCAUGCACUGCAAUUUAAUGCAGUGAGGUCAAAUUAAUACUGCUAAUGUGGUUUAGUUUUGUACAGAAAGUUUGGCUGUCGUGAAAGUCUGUGUGUCUGUGUUGUAUUUGCAAGUGUUCAACCUGUUGCAGACCUGAGAACUGUGAAGAGCAAACUAAUCCUGCCAAAAGAAUCAGCCCCUUACAGUACAGCAGCAGCAUCUGAUGUGUGACACCAGCGUUAGAUCCUCUUGAGUGCUUGCAAUAAACAAAUAUUCACGUGAAGUCAAAUCAGCAGCCAAAAUAAAUGUUUGCUCGUGAAAUACCA